AUGGGUAUCGAAAAUAAACCAAACAAAGAAGAAGCUCAGGAUCAAACACCUGUCAAAACCAACCUUCCUGUUUCUGUCAAUUUGCGUCAACAGACUAAUUUAAAACAGAAACAGUCAACAGAUUCGAUCAUUUCUAGCUGUAAAAAAAUAGGCAAUACAUUAGUGUUAUGCGACUUACUCCAUAAAGGACUUAUUAUUUGUAAUUUAGACGGUAAUGAUAUCCAUCACAUUCCUCUGUCCUAUACACCACAAUAUAUAACAGAGAUAGAUAGUAAUACUGUAGCAGUGUCCUGUGAUGACAGAACCAUACAGAUAAUAAAUAUAUCUACACGUUCUAUCACCAGUACAAUCAACACCAGUGGUAACUGCUACGGAAUAUCAUACAAUGAUAAUAACCUGUACGUUGUUAUUGGUAUGAGUAUAAUACAUGUGAUGGACCUGACAGGUAAAGUAAUACGUACUAUACCGGUACCUUCAGACUAUAUCUACGACAUUACAGUAGACAGAUACAGGUUGGUCUGUGUAGACGAUACAUCAAUAUACUGCUGCUCGUUAGAAGGAAAAGUAAUGUGGAAGUUUAAAAAGGAUGAACUUCAAGAUUUACGUCAUAUGACAACAGAUAAUGAGGGGAAUAUUUAUGUGACUGAUCAUAUUAAAGAAACUGUAGUAGUUGUAUCAGAUGACGGGAAACAUCAUAGAGAACUUCUAACUAAAUCAGAUAGAUUGCAUCAGCCGUAUGGAAUUUAUUUUGACAAAAAAGAAAAUAGUCUGCUUGUUUGUAAUGAUGGGGAUAUUUUUCUUUUUGACGUCAAACAUCAGUAG